AUGGCCGUCGCCGUUUACAGCAGCAGCAGCAGCAGGGACGAUACGACAGCAGGCUCCCUCUUCUUCCUCCCCUUCCAGCAGCAACAACAGCAGCACCACCGCCACCAACAGCAGCAGCAACAGCAGCAGCAGCAGCAGCAGCAGCAGCAGCAGCAGCAGCAGCAGCAGGGACGAUACGAUACAAGAUGCUCCCUCUUCUUCCUCCCCUUCCAGCAGCAACAACAGCAGCACCACCGCCACCAACAGCAGCAACAGCAACAGCAGCAGCAGCAGCAGCAGCAGCAGCAGCAGGGACGAUACGAGUGA